CAUUUCUUGUGUUACCAAAAAGUUUUAAGGUCUUUUUCUAAUGUUAAUGCCAACUGCCAAAAAGUAUUUAAAGUCCCUUCUUUUGUACAUGUCCAUUUAGAGUCACGGUAAAACAUCACAUAUAGAAACAGAAAACUUGAUCAAAUGAAGAUGCUUUUAUAUCUCUUACUCGCAUUCUGGAGGGUUCUUAUUCCUAAAGUAAAAGUGUCUUUGGAAACCCCCUAGAGAGAGGGAUCAUUUUGUAGCCUUUCGGUGCUUAAGUCUUCAAUUUCAACUGUUUUCACCUUCUUUACUCUUCUUUUUUGUUUCUGAUGACAACUUCGAAGAAUGGAAUCAAAUAUAUUUGGUACUCUUUCUUUAACAUCCAUAAUUCAUCACACCCUAUCCCAAUAUGCUCAUAGCUCUAGACAAAAAGAAAAGCUUGUUUUUUGAAAGCCCAACAACAUUUUUAAAACUGCUUUCAUUCUUCAAAAUAGAGUUUGGUUGCAGUGAUUGGGGGGACACUCGGUGGACAUGGCUGUUGAUGUUUGCUCCGAGAUUUCAAGCACAGGAAUCAGCCCAAGAAUCUCCUUCUCCUAUGAUCUGAACCAGACAGAUGUUUUGCCAAUUGAGCGCUCAGACUUGACCCUCUUGGAUUCCAGCUCUGACUUCGUUUUCUGCAUUGGUAACAACAGCUUUGUGCAAGAACUGUCUCCAGCUGAUGAGCUUUUCUCCAAUGGCAAGAUUCGUGCUAAAGAAAUCAAGAAAAAUGUCACGACCCCAGAUGAAAAUGAAAUUCGCCAUUCCCAAUCUCAGUCCGUUUCUUCUUGUUCUCGCUCACAUCAGCCUUCUCCUUCUUCUUCUUUUACUGGGAAUAGUGAAAAGAAGCAGCUCAAAGAGUUCUUGUCCAACAGUAUUGACAUGGAAGAUGAAAAGCCUGCAUCAAAAUCAUUCUGGCAGUUCAAACGAAGUAGCAGCCUCAACUGUGACAGUUCUAGAAGCCGAGGUUUAAUUCGCUCAUUACAGUUCUUAUCAAGAAGCAAUUCAACUGGUUCGUCAGUACUCAAUUCCAAUUCCAAAAAAACAACGCUGAAUUCAACAAAAGAAACUCAGAAGCAGCAUUUGCAGAAACAACCAUCUGUGUCAAGUAGAAAGUCAUCAUCAUCAUCAUCUUCAAGUACAUAUUAUUUCUACAGUUCAUCACAAAGACCUUCGUUAAAGAAGAAUAAUAGUGGAUCUUACGGCAAUGGGGUUCGAAUUAGUCCUGUCUUGAACCUUACACCACCAUACAUUUCUAGAGUUACUGUGAGUUUUUUUGGGUUUGGUUCUCUCUUCUGUAAUGGUAAGGUUAAGAACAAGAAGAAAUAAUGUUUCAGUCAGUAAGUUUCUUUUGCUGCCUCAUGUUCAAGUACUGAUGGAUUUAGCUGUCAAUCAUUUUGUUUUAUGAAUCAGCAUGUGAUGAUCAGACUGUAAAUUGAAAGAAAGUUUUUAGUGAAGUAAAAAAAAAAAAAUACUUUUAGAAA